AUGGUCACCAAACCUUACGAGAAGAAACGACUCUAUCUCCAGCACCCGGAACAGGACUAUGGCAUCGUCAGCCAUCGCGUAACACGAAUAAUCCCUCCUCCUGAACCUUCUCCCCCACUACCACCUCCAGUAAUUGUCAGACCUCCGCUGCCACCACCUCCACCUCCACAACCUCAACCACCGCCACCUACUGUGGUCGAGAAACCACCGCCUCCUCCACCUUGCCCUCCAGUUGAGAAACCCAAGCCUCCGCCUCCUCCGGUUGUGAAGCCCAGACCCCCUUCACCUCCACCGGAAGAGCCUAUCGAGGUCAUUGCGGUGGACGUUGAGCCACACAAGAAAAAGAAGAAACCCAAGUCUCGAUCCCGAAGCAGGCACAGCCACCACUCAUCAUAUGAUCACGAUCGAGAGCGCGUCAUCGAGCGUGAGAGGAUCGUCCCUGUUCCUGUCCCGGUUCAAGUCGAGCCUCGCUAUGAAACCUUCCGGUACGUUGAGGGAACUCGACGUCGGGAGUAUUCACCUCCAUCACCACCCAGACGGAUGAUUGAGGAUGAUAGAGUACGGCUCCGUAUUACGGACCGCGAGCGUGAGUACUACCGUUGA